UAUGGUUUCUUUUGCAGGAAGGAGCUUCUAAGAGCCAUUGAUUUGAGGCUUGUGACUCUCAAGCAAGACCUGGCCACAGCUUGUGCUCGGGCAUGUUCUGCUGGAUUUACCACUGACAGUGUUUCUGAACUUCUUCUUUUUGCAGAAUAUUUUGGUGCAAAACGCCUAAGUGAGGCAUGCAACAAAUUUAUUGUGCUUUGCCAGAGGCAUUCUGAGCUAAUUGGCCAGCAGCACCAACCGCAGCCUGUGUCUCUAAAUUUGAAAAGUUUUGCUGAUGGGAAUGUUUGCCCCUCCUCAAGCUCAGACACGUCGAUAGACAAGCCAGAGUUGGGGGAUGGUGGUGCUGGUAAACCACCUGAUGGUGCUGGUCUCCAGCAUCACAAUAUCAACACUAGCCAGCCAUCACAGCUGAACUCAACAGAGUUAGGCACAUCUGAGCAGGCCAAGCCCAUCCAACGGCGGAGGGCAGUGUCAGAGGAGCCUAUUUCAUGUGCUUCAUCAGCUAAUGAGCCAGCUCAGCAGGAUGGAGGAGGGAGUUUUAGGCGGCUUAGCGUGCAGGAUAGGAUCAACCUAUUUGAGAACAAGCAAAAGGAACAAUCUUCAAGUUCUCGAAAUAUCACAACUGCAGGUAUUGUUAAUAGGGUAGUAGCAGGUAAAUGGGAGCAUAGGAGGCUUCCUUCUGAUGUUUCAGAGAAGUCAGUAUUGAGAAGAUGGAGUGGUGCUAGUGACAUGAGCAUUGAUCUUAACAUCAGCAACAGUAACACUUUUAAUGACCACAAAGAAAGUAGGAAUGCUGUUGGAAAUCCUACAUCUGCCAAUUUGCCAUGUCCAUCAUUAAGUAAAUCUGAAGAGACCGAGGCCUUUGAGUUGAAGGAUACUGCAACAUCACAAUGCUGGUUGGAUCUUAAAGAAAGAAUGGUCACUUCCUCUUCUUCUUUGCAGUUCCAGUGCAAAAAUUUUCCUGGUGAUAAAGAUUGUACUGAGGGUGAAGAUAUCAAGUUUUCUAUGAGCAAGGACAGGCCAGUGCUGGAUAAGAGGCAGCACAAGCAUUACAGAAGUGCUUCUGUGAGCAGGAUGGAGUACUGUGGAUUGGGUAAUCAAGAUGCUUCUAGGACUCAAAAAACGGGCCUUUCAGAAACCAGCAACAAUGCUGAGUUGAAAGAUCAUGCAGCCUGUCACAUCCAUUUAAAAACAGAGGAUCACGUGCAACUGAAAAAUCAAGUAGCUUUGCCGGAAAUAUCACAAGCUGUAUCAGCUGUGACCAAGCAGAAUAGCUGGAGAGAGCAAGUUCUGCAGUCCCAAACUAGAGAAAAUCCUUCUCGAUCAGAUGGUGUUGAGCUGAAGGAUCAAGCAGAGGUGGUUAACCAACUCCAGACAUUUGAGAGAAGAACAGAUGUUGAAGCGAAAGAAGUGAAAGCAAAUGGCCUAUCAGAUUCUCAGGCCCGGUUCAAAAUUUCAUCUGGUUUGUCAUUGGAGUGUGAUCUACAGAUUUCUCAAUCUCAGAAGAAAAAAAAUGCUGUAAAAAUGGAGGAAGCAGUGGCAAGAAAGGCUGUUAAACGAAAAGAAGAUGCCAGUCACCAGGAAAUAAAUUGUCCUAAACAAUCAUUUGUUCCCAAGGGAAGUGUAGACGAAAUAAUACAGGGUGAUACAGAUCACAUGCCUGCUUUUCCUUUGACAAAAACUAAGGAAAUUGAACCACCUUCUGCAUAUCAGAUGGAGCAGCUUCCGGCUGGGAUGGCAUCUAAACGAAAUCAAGAAUUAAAUGAUGAAUUACGAAUGAAGGCUAAUGAGUUGGAAAAACUUUUUGCUGCACAUAAGCUUGGAACUCUCAGUGAGCAGACAGCUUCCUCUCAAAGAAGCAGACCUGUAGAUGUCCAGGAGGAUCAUGUUCCCAUGGCUAUGGAGAAAAGACAUGCAGUGGUACUUCCUGAUCAAGUGCCUGAGAAGAAAUAUCCAAGGAAUAUUCCGAACAAUGUUGUAGAUUUUGAUGCCAAUUUCCUGCUGAAAAUGGUAGGCAAUAAGGAGCAUUGUAGCAGUAUGAACCAAAAGUUCGAUGCUGUCAGUCCAUCAGAUGAUUCUAGAGGAAAAUUUUUCUUUAAGUACAUGCAGAAACGAGAUGCAAAGCUAUUGGAAGAGUGGGAAACAGAAAGGGUUCAGAAGGAUGCAAAAAUGAAGGCAAUGCGUGACAGCCUGGAACGUAGUCAAGCUGAGAUGAAUUCCAGAUAUUCAGGAACUGCUGAUAGACAUGGUUCAAAAUACACUCAUCAUCAUGCAGGAAAGUUGAGAUCUAUUAGUAGUACAUCCAUAAAUUGCAAAAAUCAGGCUGUUGACUCUGUUCACGAAGAGGGGGAAGAUCUGGAUGAUUUGUACAAACAAGUUGGUCAUGGGCAACAUACAUCCUACAAUGAUUCAUUUGGUGACAAUUCUUCUAGAAGUACCAACUCCCUGAAGCUUUUCUCUACAAAAACUUUGUCUUCUUCUACUCCUCGGCCAUCAGUAGCUUCAGCUCCAAAGACUUCUGUAAAGUCUACCGGAACUGUGUCAGUAAAGCACAUGAUUCGAACUGAAAAUCCUCUUGCUGAAUCACUUUCCAACUUCUCUGACUUCAGAAAGGAAAAUGCAAAGCCAUCAGCGGCAAUUAACAGGGUAAAUACACGAGAGAAACCAAAAUUCCAUUCUCGAAGCAAGAGCAUUGUUGAAGAGACUAACCUUGUUAAGGAAGACAAGCCACGUAGGUCUUCGUCCAUGAGAAAAAGUGCAGCUAUUCCUGGUGAAUUGAAGAACCUUUCUCCUCUCAAUUCCGUUAGCCCUGGGUUUUCCAAGGCACAAAGGGAUGCUGCUUUUAUCAAUAAAGUCCACAAGACCGAGGAGUUUAAACAAUUGAUCAGGAAAGGGAAAGGUUCAGGUCCUGUUUUAGAGUCUAUUAUCAUUAAAUCCAAAGCCUCUGUGGUUUCUGAGUUGAAUAAGAAUGGAGAGUAUUCUGAAGGUAUAAUUCAGCAAGAGGACUCACCUGACCUGGAUAAAGAUUUGUUGGAGAGACCUUCUGCUGAACAAGACCUUGAGGCAUCUGAUUUUCCUGUUGACUCCGAUAGUGAAAAGCCACAACACAUUCAAGAAUAUGAAAAUUCUGAUGAAUUUUGGUCAGAAUAUGGUGAUGUUCAAACGUCUCUGUCCCAGGCAGAUUAUGAUACAGCUCCUGCUUCUCCUAAGUUUAGUACUUCUGCAGGGAAUACAUUAGAGUCAGCAGGAGAAAGCCCUCGAUUAUGGAAUCCACACCUACACAAUUCAUUUCCUUAUGUACAUGAGGCAUCAAAUAUUGAUGCUUUUGUAGAUUCACCUGUAGGCAGUCCAGCAUCAUGGAAUUUACACCCUCUUAACCAAAUGAUGGAGACAGAUGCUGCUCGAACGAGGAAGAAAUGGGGAAGUGCUCCGAUGCCUAUGAUUGUUGCUAAUGCAUCCCAACAGUCACACAAGGACGUCACAAAAGGGUUUAAACGAUUACUGAAAUUUGGAAGGAAGAGUAGGGGUGCGGAGACUCUUGUCACUGAUUGGGUAUCUGCUUCAACAGCUUCUGAAGGCGAUGAUGACACAGAAGAUGGUCAUGAUUUGGCAACACGGCCAGCAGAUGACUUGAGGAAGUCGAGAAUGGGAUGCUUAUUUCCUCAUGAUGGGUUCAAUGAAGGAGAGAUAUUUCCUGAACAAGGUACAAGUCUUUUCCUCUUUGAUAGUCUUUCCACCAUCUUUAAUGAAUGA